CCUCCGAAGAGAAACUUUGUCUGCGCGCAUGUGUUGGCGCACGGAUCUCUGCCUAUAUAAGAUGGACGGCGGCAGGGCCGCAUCCUUUUUCGGUUCCUGGCUUUCAAGAUGACCAAGAAGAGGAGGAACAACGGGCGCGCCAAGAAGGGCCGCGGCCACGUGCAGCCCAUCCGCUGCACCAACUGCGCCCGCUGCGUGCCCAAGGACAAGGCCAUCAAGAAGUUCGUCAUCCGCAACAUCGUGGAAGCCGCGGCCGUCAGGGACAUCUCCGAGGCCAGCGUCUUCGACUCCUAUGUGCUGCCCAAACUGUAUGUGAAACUGCAUUACUGUGUAAGCUGCGCGAUCCACAGCAAGGUAGUGAGGAAUCGGUCCAGGGAGGCACGAAAGGAUCGGACACCCCCACCCCGCUUCAGACCUGCUGGUGCUGCUCCCAGACCCCCUCCAAAGCCUAUGUGAAGAGCUGUCUGCCCCCAUCAACAUUCCUGAACUGAUCAGAGGAAAAUAAAAUGGUUGGUCAACCUUA